AUGCACAACCUCAAAAACUCAUCCUCCUCAUGCACAGCCUCAACAACUCAUCCUCCUCAUACACAGCCUGAACAACCCAUCUUCCUCAUACACAGCCUGAACAACUCAUCCUCCUCAUCCACAGCCUCAACAACUCAUCCUCCUCAUCCACAGCCUGAACAACUCAUCCUCUUCAUCCACAUCUCAACAACACAUCUUCCUCAUGCACGGCCUCAACAACUCAUCCUUCUCAUGCACAGCCUCAACAACUCAUCUUCCUCAUCCACAGUCUCAACAACUCAUCCUCCUCAUCCACAGCCAGAACAACUCAUCCUUCUCAUGCACAGCCUCAACAACUCAUCCUCCUCAUGCACAGCCUCAACAACUCAUCCUCCUCAUCCACAUCCUCAACAAUACAUCUUCCUCAUGCACAGCCUCAACAACUCAUCCUUCUCAUGCACAGCCUCAACAACUCAUCUUCCUCAUGCACAGCCUAAACAACUCAUCCUUCUCAUGCACAGCCUCAACAACUCAUCCUUCUCAUCCACAGCCUCAACAACUGAUCUUCCUCAUGCACAGCCUCAACGACUCAUCUUCCUCAUGCACAGCCUCAACAACUCAUCUUCCUCAUCCACAGUUUCAACAACUCAUCUUCCUCAUACACAACCUGAACAACUCAUCUUCCUCAUGCACAACCUGAACAACUCAUCUUCCUCAUCCUCAGCCUCAACAACUCAUCCUCCUCAUGCACAUCCUGAACAACUCACCCUCCUCAUACACAGCCUGAACAACUCAUCCUCCUCAUCCACAGCCUCAACAACUCAUCCUCCUCACGCACAGACUCAACAACUCAUCCUCCUCAUACACAGCCUGAACAACUCAUCUUCCUCUUACACACCUCAACAACUCAUCCUUCUCAUGCACAGCCUCAACAACUCAUCCUCCUCAUGCACAGCCUCAACAACUCAUCCUCCUCAUGCAGAGCCUCAACAACUCAUCUUCCUCAUCCACAGCCUGAACAACUCAUCCUCCUCAUCCACAGCCUCAACAACUCACCCCCCUCAUGCACAGCCUGAACAACUCAUCCUUCUCAUGCACAGCCUCAACAACUCAUCUUCCUCAUCCACAGCUUCAACAACUCAUCCUCCUUAUACACAGCCUGAACAACUCAUCUUCCUCAUACACAGCCUGAACAACUCAUCCUCCUCAUCCACAGCCUCAACAACUCAUCCUCCUCAUCCACAGCCUGAACAACUCAUCCUCUUCAUCCACAUCUCAACAACACAUCUUCCUCAUGCACGGCCUCAACAACUCAUCCUUCUCAUGCAGAGCCUGAACAACUCAUCUUCCUCAUCCACAGCCUCAACAACUCAUCCUCCUCAUCCACAGCCUCAAGAACUCAUCCCCCUCAUGCACAGCCUGAACAACUCAUCCUUAUCAUGCACAGCCUCAACAACUCAUCUUCCUCAUCCACAGUCUCAACAACUCAUCUUCCUCAUACACAACCUGAACAACUCAUCUUCCUCAUGCACAACCUGA